UCUCGAACAGGGACCGAUUUUCUUCCAGGAAACGGAUUAGUUAGAGAGGGGUGUGUUGCCGGGGCGGGGGAUUUGAGUAGUGCGUGCAGUAGCUGUAGUUUUGUUAGGUUUAAUAAUGUCCGACUUAGAGGAUAUGGGGGAAGUUGAUUUGGUGGAGGAGGAGUUCACACAAGCGACCAAAUUUAUCGAACGCAAUCACGAUCGGUUUGAGCAGAAGGAUUUGCUGAAGUUCUAUGGCUUUUACAAGCAAGCCACGGUGGGAAAGUGCAACGUUUCGAAGCCGGGUGUUUUCAAUAUGACUGGGCGGACCAAAUGGUCCGCUUGGAACGAGUUGGGUGAUUUGGCGAAGGAGGAAGCAAUCAAGGGAUACGUUCGAAAAUUAACAGAAUUGAUACCGGAUUGGGAUCAAUCCUCGGAACGGGAGAAUGAUAUUCAUGCACAGAAAGGCUCCUGGGUUUCCGUUUCCAGUCAUGCAAUACUGGAAGAAGAUAAUGAGCUGCUUGCGCGAGGUGAAAUAUCGAUCGUUGAUUUUAUCAAAGAAGGAAACCUGGAAGCAGUCCAAGAAAACCUAGCUUCCGCUAGCUCGGUGAUAAACGAACUGGACGAAGACGGACUGGGCUUGAUUCAUUGGGCGGCUGAUCGGGGGAAUGUUAACAUUCUGCGUCUGCUGCUCCAGGAGCCCGGCAUUAAGAUCGACCUGAAGGAUUGCGGCGGACAAACGGCGCUGCACUAUGCUGCCAGCUGUGGCAAUCGGGAUUGCGUUCGGUUGCUGUUGGACAGAGGGGCCGACCGGAGUCUGCUGGAUGAUGAAGGAGAAUCCUGCUUGGAUGUUGCGUUUGAUGAAGAAAUUAAAAAAAUGCUAAUGUGA